CCUGGAACCCACAAGACGCCGCAGAACCUCCGCAGUGGACAGCGUCGGCGGGGAACCUCGGUCGCCAUGUCUGUGCUGGACGUGUUGUGGGAGGACCGCGACGUGCGCUUCGACGUGUCCUCGCAACAGAUGAAAACAAGACCCGGAGAAGUCCUUAUUGACUGUUUAGAUUCGAUUGAAGACACAAAAGGAAAUAAUGGGGAUAGAGGUAGACUCUUAGUAACAAACUUAAGAAUCAUCUGGCAUUCCUUGGCAUUACCCAGAGUCAAUCUUUCUAUUGGUUACAACUGCAUAUUGAAUAUUACAACAAGAACUACUAACUCCAAACUACGAGGCCAAACUGAAGCUCUUUAUAUGCUGACAAAAUGUAACGCCACCCGAUUUGAAUUUAUUUUCACAAAUCUGGUUCCUGGAAGCCCUAGACUUUUUACUUCUGUGAUCGCUGUGCACAGAGCAUAUGAGACAUCUAAAAUGUACCGUGACUUUAAACUGAGAAGUGCAGUCAUUCAAAACAAGCAACUGAGGUUGUUACCACAAGAGCACGUGUACGAUAAGAUCAACGGCGUUUGGAAUUUAUCCAGCGACCAGGGAAAUUUGGGGACGUUUUUUAUUACCAAUGUGAGGAUUGUGUGGCAUGCAAACAUGAACGACAGUUUUAAUGUCAGCAUACCAUAUCUGCAGAUUCGUUCAAUAAAGAUUAGAGAUUCAAAAUUUGGUUUGGCUCUUGUCAUAGAAAGCUCUCAGCAGAGUGGAGGAUAUGUUCUUGGCUUUAAAAUAGAUCCUCUGGAAAAACUACAUGAAUCAGUUAAGGAGAUCAACUCACUUCACAAAGUCUAUUCUGCCAGCCCGAUAUUUGGAGUGAAUUAUGAAAUGGAAGAAAAGCCACAGCCACUUGAAGCUCUGACAGUUGAACAGAUUCCAGAUGAUGUGGAGAUAGACUCUGAUGAUCACACGGAUGCUUUUGUGGCUUAUUUUGCUGAUGGAAAUAAGCAACAAGACCGUGAACCUGUAUUUUCAGAAGAACUGGGGCUUGCAAUAGAGAAACUGAAGGAUGGAUUCACACUGCAGGGACUUUGGGAAGUAAUGAGUUGAGCUUGAGUUGAACUGGAUUUCUAUUUAAAUAUGUCUCAAGAUUAAAAGAUACCACUUGCCUGCUCUAGGCAUGGAAUAGUUUUUAUAUUUAUAGCUUUUAUAUUUUAUAUUUUAUGAAAAGUUUUUAAUAAUUAAGGAAAAACUCCUGGAUUUUAGAAAACUGCCAGUUUUCUAAAAAAAAAAAAUAUUCAAAAUUGUAAUUGAAAUGUACCUGGAUUGUAAAUGUUUAUAUUGUACCUAAUGCUUGUAAAAUAGCAAUUUACAGAUAUUAAGUGACUAUAUCAUGUUGGAUUUAAUAAAGUUUUUUAUUUAGUACCA